AUGACGUCCAAAGAAUUGAAAUAUGACAGACAGCUUAGGUUAUGGGCGAAUUCUGGUCAAUCGAAUCUAGAAAGCUCGCACGUUUGUCUUAUCAAUGCUUCUACUUCUGGAAGUGAGGCAUUGAAGAAUUUGAUCUUACCAGGGAUAGGGUCAUUUACCAUCGUGGAUGACCACUUGGUUACAGAUGACGAUAUUUCAAGCGGGUUCUUUUUAAAUGAAGAUGAUUUAGGAAAACCUAUUGCUCCCGCUAUGACAUCAAAAUUACAAGAACUUAAUCGUGAUGUGAAGGGAAAUUCAGUGGAGAGAAGCGUGGAGCGUCUAGUUCAGGAUGUUGGCGUGAAUGGCCAGUUUUGGAGUCAGUUUAAUGUAGUCAUACUAACUAAACGACAUUAUACCUCAAAUAAUACAGUUGGCCGAUUAAAAGAGAUUCUUUGGGAUUUAAAUAUUCCACUCUUACUAGUCGAUAACAUCGGUUUCUACGGCUACCUUCAUGUCAUAGCCAAGGAGAUUAACGUAAUCGAAACACAUCCAGAAUUCUUAAUUGACCUUAGGCUUGAUGACCCAUGGCCCGAGCUCACUUCUCAUGUAAAUUCAAUCAAUUUAGAUAAUUUAGACGAUACUGACCAUGCUCAUGUGCCAUAUGUAGUGAUAUUGAUAAAGGCCCUACAAACUUGGAAGUCUGAACACCAGAAUCUACCCCCACAAACUUACGCACAGAAGAAACAGUUUAAGGCAGAGUAUGUACAGGCAUUGAGUAGAGAUAUGAUGAAUGAAGUAAAUUUUGAAGAAGCAUCUAGCAAUGCUUGGAGAGCGUCACAGACUUCUUCUAUCCCAGAGCACAUCGAAGAAAUUUUAACAACCGUAAGUUCAAUGCCACCUGCAACUUAUCUAUCGUCUACUUUCUGGUUAUUUAUUAAAGCCUUACAAGGCUUUCUAGCAAAUAAUCACGGAAAACUACCACUAUCAGGUGUGCUUCCCGAUAUGACCGCUGACACUCCGAACUACAUUUCAAUACAAAAUAUAUAUAGAGACAAGGCACGAAGAGAUCAACAGCUAUUUGCAAAUGAGAUAAACAGCAUUUUAGCUACUCUGCAGUCAGAGACAGACCUCUUAGUGUCAGUUCCCUCACUAGUUCCCUCAGAGUCUAUUCAAUCUUUCUGUAAAAAUUGCAGAUUCUUAUACACGACAAAGGGAUCUAAGCAAAACUUCAAUAAAGACAUGGAAGAGCUGCUAAAUAACUCAUCGGAAGACAAUAGUGUCCUUCCUAUAUAUUUUGCGAUGUUAGCAUUCAAUGACUUCAAAGAAAAGUUCAACCACGAUCCAACAUUGGACGAUUUACAGAUGAUCGCUGCUUCAGUUGACAAUCAGAUAUACAAAAAGACUUUGAAGGAAAUUUUGAUCCAUCAUUCUAAACAGUAUCAUAAUGUUGCAAGUUUUAUGGGUGGGAUAGUAGGACAAGAAACGUUAAAAUUAGUAACUAGGCAAUAUAAAGCUCUAGAUAAUUUAUUUGUCUACGAUGGAGUUCACUCAGUGAGUGAAAAAUGGAAGAUUUAG